CCAGAAGUGCUACCAAUGAGCAGCACCACUGCCCCGGCUACCAUACGCCGUCUCCGAGAAGUGUUUGCUCAACAUGGCCUGCCGGACCAGAUCGUGAGUGACAACGGCCCGCAGUUUACUGCCGAUGAGUUCCGCCGUUUCACAGAAGCCAACGGCAUAGCGCACACGUUCUCAGCACCGUACCACCCAGCGACUAACGGGUUGGCUGAACGAUUUGUGCGUACAAUGAAGCAGGCGCUCAGGUCCCAUUCUGCCACAGCACCGCUUGAGUUCUUGCCUCGCUUCCUGUUGGCCUAUCGCACCCCACCCCAUGCUACAACGAAUGCCACACCAGCAUCCCUGCUAAUGCACCGGGAGCUACGCACUCGGCUGUCGCUGGUUCAACCCAGUGUCCAGGCAUCUGUUGCCAAGAAACAGACAGCUCAGCGUAGUGCAAGAUCAGCGAACCGUGAGCGCACGUUUGCUGUGGAUGACACCGUCAUGGUACGUGACUACCGCACCAACGCACCACACCCGUGGAUUCAGGGCACAGUGCAAGCGGUACACGGCUCCCGCCACUAUACAGUGGAAGUUGGCCCAGACCAGCAAUGGAGGCGCCAUGUUGAACAGCUCCGGUCAGCCGACUCCGCUCCGCAAUCAUCCGUACCGAUGAACACAGCGCCUUUGCCGUCCGUGGCAGAACCGGAUCACAGUUUGUGCUUUCCGACUGCUCAUUCGCCAGCUAGUGUUCCGACACCACCCAGUGUCCAAGCCGCUGCUACUCCAACACCUCCGCCUGCGCAAACACCAGUAGCAGCAACUACGGCAACGCAGCAGGUCCAGUCGCCGCUGGCACAAGAUACGACUGAACCCCGCCGUAACCCGCCGAGAGCCCGAGUCCUGCCGGCUCGCCUGAGAGACUGAAUUGCUUCUUGCUCACACAAUUGCUGUCCCGUGCUCUCAGCUCAUCCGCUUCUUCUUCUUGUGCAUUAAAUGUUAUGCCGUAUAGGAAUACCUCGUAGCUCAACAUGUA